AUGUUCAACUCGUCUCCGUCGGCUUCCACGCUCUUCUUCUCCGCGGAUCGUGAUCAUGACGUCGCCGGCGGUUCCUCGCGCCCGUUCCGUGGCGGCGGUGACGGCGUCGCGGAUGUCGGCGACGGGAACAACAGCUCGUGCGCCGAGUGGCCGCUCGAGUUCGAGCCCGCGGAGAAGGUGGCCGUGGGUCUCGCGCUGGCCGCGGUCACGGCGGUGACGGUGAUCGGGAACGCGCUCGUGGUGGUGGCCGUGUGCGUGGUGAAGAAGCUCCGCCAGCCGUCCAACUACUUGCUCGUGUCACUCGCAGCCGCCGACCUGUCCGUAGCUCUCGGGGUCAUGCCCUUCGCCAUAGCAACCGACCUCACCGGUGGGAAAUGGCUGUUCGGCGAAGCUUUCUGUAACGUCUUCAUCGGAAUGGACGUCAUGUGCUGCACCGCGUCCAUCAUGACCUUAUGCGUCAUCAGCGUGGACAGGUGAGUUUUAG